AUGAAAAGCUGUAGCGGUGCUGAGUGUUCGGAUGUUGCGUGCAGUUCUGAUGUUAUGCCAUCAACUCCUCCUAUCUCACUCACUCCUCCUACAAGCAGUGUUCUUUAUAGUCCAAAAACAAAUGGAACGAUGUGUUUCACUAUGUUACCUGAGAGGUUCCUUGUGCGAUUGUGCAGUUCACCAGGACUGGAUAUUAUGGAUCGGUUGAAUUUGAUGUUAACGUGUAGACGACUGAAAGACGCUGUCUCGAAAAGUUGGAAUUCUAUCACUAAGCUUCGGAUUGCAAACAAUGAAAGUGACGAUGAUCGAAUCGAUGAUAGGUUUGUGAUCAGUUCGAUUGAUCGUUCAGCCUGCUCACUGACCACGAUAACACUUUGUUUGAAUUCGUCAAUCAAUUCUCAGUUUUGUAAAGGAACUCAGCUAUUUCAGCAUUUACGCGCAUGUCCAAAUCUUCGAGAAUUGACACUCUUAUUGACACAGUUGCCGUUGCGAUAUCUUAAUGCCGGGCUCACACACAUAUCAAAGUUAUCACUGCGCAAAUUAGCAUUAGUGAACAGUGUGGCGGAUGCAAGCACAAUGCGAAUCGUUGCAAAUACUCAGUGCGAAACACUCAGAUCUCUCGGACUUAUCAAUUGUUUCCAUCUCGGUGAUGACGCUUUUGAGCCGAUCGUCACUUGUAUGCAUUUACUUACUCUGAAUAUCAGAUCAAGUCGCCGUAUUACUGCGGCAUCUAUUCAGCGUGUUAUCGACGCUUAUGAAAGUUAUCCUCAACCGAGACAACUGAAACUUUACAAUUAUCGAUCAAAUGUUUAUAGGCAGUCACUUCAGUACGAUCCGGAUCGAGUGUUGUUCUGUGAUGAGAAGAAAUGUUUCCGAAAACGUCUUCACUCGGGUAAAUUCCUGAAUGAGAACGCAAUUCGACCGGAUUGGGAAUAUGAUUCUGAUGAGGAUGACUUUGGCUGA